CAGUCCUAAUCGAUAUCGCUCACCUGAGCCCCAUUGUCUUGGCAUAUCAAUAGUCUUUUGAGCCGCGAUUUGCCUCAACGUAACACAUUUUCAAGAGUAGACAAUAAGACGCCCGAUCUCUUCUCUUGGUCAUCAAAAGAUCCUGUCCGUAUUCAUUCUUUGCCCAUGAUGCUUUCUGAACAUCCAUUGCACCCGUACUAUCCUCUCGAUGCACCAAUUACCGACUAUGUCCCCAAUGAUGCCUCACUUCUCCGGCUCCUCACGACAGCCAGCAUUGGCACCGCAACCUUACUAGGCACAGUCUUCAGCCUAACUAGCGUGCUUCGACCAAAUCUAAGCAAGGCCGAUCGGUUUGCUAUUUUGUGGUUCUUCUUAUCGGGUUCUACGCAUUGCAUGUUUGAAGGGUAUUUUAUGUUAAAUCAUCAUCACAUGGCUUCUGCCCAGGACUUCUUCGGGCAACUAUGGAAAGAGUAUGCCUUGUCCGAUUCGAGAUACAUGAUAGCGGACACAAUGGUCCUCUGCAUGGAGACCAUCACUGUGCUCGUUUGGGGUCCUCUAUGUCUUCUGGUCGCAUAUUCCAUUUUCACUCGAAGUUCUCUCCGCCAUCCGCUACAAAUGACCGUCUGCCUGAGCCACCUCUACGGCGAUUCGUUGUACUAUGCGACCAGUUUGUAUGAUCACUACGCUCACGACCGCCCGUAUUGCCGGCCAGAACGCUUCUACUUUUGGGUGUACUAUUUCUUCAUGAACUUUAUCUGGAUUGUGGUUCCACUCUAUUAUUUCUUGCAGAGUGUAAGGACAGUAAAAAACGCAUUCGAGCGGCUGGAGGCGACUGCAUCUGGCCGUAAGACCCAAUGAGGGUCGGCGAAGGUGGCGUACUAGUAUCUAUCUGAGUACUAGUAGCAGGAUGGAGGUGAAAAUGGG